GUUUUCUAAGGUUUUAUUUUUUUUAACAGAAAUAAUAGAUCGUAUCAAAAGUUUUUAAUCAAAAUCAAAUUCUAUUAAACAAUUUUGGUUGAUGAGUUAUGUUUAUAGUUUUCCUAAUAACCAACAAGCUCUGAAUUCCUUGCAUAAAUCCAACGUGGUCAUAGUAUGUCAUAAUCAUUUCUGACAUAAUGUUGCAGUCUCUGCUUUUUAAGAUUUUCAAAGUUUAAAAAAGUUUUAUUUAAAAUUUUUAAUCAACACUCAUUAGGGAUACUGUUCUAUAGUUUUCUUUCUGUUAUGACUUUAUGGCUGAGAUUUCAAGACUAUAUUUGAAUCAUAAAGAGAAUUUGGUUGUAUUUCAUAUUUCCUGUUGUUGGGUUUCUCUUUUCGUUUGUGUAGUAUUAGAAUUAAUAUUUCUUUCUAAGUUUAAUAGAAUUUAUGAAGCCGUUUUUAAAGGUAGUGCCACCAAUAAACACCUUCUCAAUGACUUAGAAGAGAACAUCUUUUAAGUCAGUUUUCUCGGUGAAAUCUUGCACUCAGCAUUAACCAGCAACACUUAAUUCUUGUCAAUGGAAAAUCGUAUUCUCACAAAGUAUUUCUAAUUUUUUCUAUUAGUAUUUCACCUCAAUUUUGGAACACUCAUUUCAAAUAAACAUAUCCUUGCUACGUGGAGGUCUCUAUUUCCGAAGGCUGGAAAUAUUUAUUAUUUCACAAAAUCUCUUGGUAAAGGGUGCAAGUAGCAAGAGCCAGGGUCUUCCUCCCGCUGGCUCGGCGGGGCCGCUCCUCUCCGCCCAGCUCCUAAGGCUGCCUGGCUCCUCCUCCCUCCUUCACUGCUGCCUGCUCCGUCUACCAAGAUGGAGCCGCCGUCCGCUCCUCUGCCCCUGCUUCUGCUCCUGUUCCCCUUGCUCCAAGUUCCCGGGCGGCCGUUCGUCGGCGCGACGGAGACGCAGCCGGCCGCUUCUCUCAGCCAGGACAAUAUCAAAAUUAAUGUAACUACCCUGGAAGAUGAUGGGGAACUCCAUGAGAAACAGGUUUUUCUUAAUAUUAUUUAUGAGAAUGGGCAAAUAUAUGUAACUGACUUCCCCCUAAAGAAUGGAGUAACCCGAAUAAGGGGUGAGGCCUUCAUAGUGGAAGGUGAAAAUUCAGAAAAUCUGAAGGUCGAGGGAUAUUUUGGAACUGUCAUUGUGCGGAUAUUAGUUCAUCAGUGGCCUCUGGCAUCUAGUUCCAAUGUGCAAAUGAUUGCCAUCCAAGAAGAAGUAGUAGAGAUUGAUGGGAAGCAAGCUCAACAAAAGGAUGUGAUUGAAAUUGGCAUUUUAGUUAAGAACCAGAGAAUCCAGAGACGUUCAAAUUAUACCAUUCCUUUGGAGGAAAGCAUACUGUAUUCUAUUCCUAGAGAUAAUGACGUCUUAUUUACACUUCCUAAUCUCUCAAGAAAAGAUAGUCCUAGUCUAUUGCAGACAACCAGUCAGUACCUUAUCAGGAACAUGGAAACGACCAUAAAUGAAGACCCAUUGCCUGGCAAGUUACCAGAGACUCCACUUAGAGCAGAGCCUCCAUCUUCAUGUAAGAUCAUUUGCCAAUUGAUGGAGGAUUUCAGAAAAUAUAUGUGUAAAUUCUGGACCAACAUUUUCCCAGUACUUUUUAUGUUUAUGAACAUCACAAUGCUUGGAAUUAUAGGAGCAGCUAUAGUAAUAGCCAUCUUAAAGGUGCUUUUUCCUAAUUCUGAAUCCAAGGGAAUUCUUCACUUGGAUAAAGUGGGCUACCAUAGGUACUAUCCUCUUAAUUUCUUAGAGACUACAGAGAAAUCAAAGGACAGUCUUGAAGAGAACAUAUGUAUUUAACACAUUCUUAUCCCAUUUUUUCACUGUGGAAUUUGUUACUUGGUUCAUAAUUUCCAGUCAUUUAAUGAAAAAGUGUAAUUCAAAUAAGAAAUGAAAAUAUUUUGAAAACUAAUGCCACAACUUAGCUUGGCCUUCUAAAAGACAUUGGAGAAUAAGGAUAUAAUAUAUGAAAUUGCCUCACUGGUAAUGUCAGAUAUGACUUCCUAAGGAAUGAGAAAAUGGUAAAAUUAGCCAAACUGAAAUAGGAUAUAUAAAGACUUGCAGUACAUUUUGUUUUGUAUACCAAAAAAAAGACUAAGCCAUGGGGCAGCUAGGUGGCACAGUGGAUAGAGCACCAUCUCUGAAGUCAGGAGGACCUGAGUUCAAAUAUGGUGUCAUACACUUAACACUUCCUAGCUGGGCAAAUCACUUAACCCCAAUUGCCUCAGCAAAAAAAAAAAAAAAAAGACUUAAGCCAGUAAUUCCAGGUGCCUUAAGAAAAUUAUAUCAACUUUUUUUUAUUGUAAUGAGGUCUUACUUUAAGCACUUUAUGAAAAGCUAAACUUAAGUCCCAGAAUUAAACACUUUUAACUAUUUAACUUGUAUUUUGUACAAUUAUGAUUUUGAUAAAGAAUCUUCAUUAUUACUUCAUUAUACCUGUACCAAAUUCACAGCAGGAUCCAAAUGGAAUUGUCAAGUGACAUUCUUGUUGCAAAAUAAAUCUCUUGGGGAGGGGAGUUGGAUAUAUACAACUUA